UCCGCUCUCGGUGCCCAAACCGCCAGCAUGACUGACGCUCUGCUGCCCGCGGGCCCCCAGCCUCUGGAGAAGGAGAACGACGGCUACUUUCGGAAGGGUUGCAAUCCCCUUGCCCAAACUGGCCGGAGCAAACUGCAGAAUCAGAGGGCUGCCUUGAACCAGCAGAUCCUGAAAGCUGUGCGGAUGAGGACUGGAGCAGAAAACCUUCUAAAAGCAGCCACGAACCACAAGGUACGCGAGCAGGUUCGCCUGGAGCUGAGCUUUGUGAACUCAAACCUGCAGCUGCUCAAGGAAGAGCUGGAGGGGCUCAACAUCUCUGUGGGAGUCUAUCAGAGCACAGAGGAGACGUUUACCAUCCCACUGAUUCCUCUCGGCCUGAAGGAAACCAAGGAUGUCGACUUUUCCAUCGUUCUCAAGGAUUUUAUUUUGGAACAUUACGGUGAAGAUAGCUACCUGUAUGAAGAUGAAAUAGCAGAUCUUAUGGAUCUGAGACAAGCUUGUCGGACACCCAGCAGGGAUGAGGCCGGCGUUGAACUGCUGAUGAGUUAUUUCCUCCAGUUGGGCUUUGUUGAGAGCCGGUUCUUCCCACCCACCCGACAGAUGGGGAUCUUGUUUACCUGGUAUGACUCCCUCACUGGGGUCCCAGUCAGCCAGCAGAACUUGUUACUGGAAAAGGCCAGCAUUCUGUUUAACAUUGGAGCCCUCUACACACAGAUUGGGACCCGGUGCAAUCGGAAGACGCGAGCCGGGCUGGAGAGCGCAGUGGACGCGUUUCAGAGAGCUGCAGGGGUUUUAAACCACCUGAAAGAGACAUUUACUCACACACCGAGCUAUGACAUGAGCCCUGCCAUGCUCAAUGUGCUGGUCAGAAUGAUGCUUGCACAGGCCCAAGAGAGUGUGUUUGAGAAAAUCUGUCUUCCUGGGAUCCAGAACGAGUUCUUCAUGCUGGUGAAGGUGGCUCAGGAGGCUGCCAAGGUGGGAGAGGUCUAUCAGCAACUGCAUGCAGCCAUGAGCCAGGCGCCAGUGAAGGAGAACAUCCCCUACUCCUGGGCCAGCGUGGCCUGUGUGAAGGCCCACCACUACGGAGCCCUGGCCCACUACUUUGUAGCCACCCUCCUCAUCGACCACCAGCUGAAGCCUGGUACAGAUGAAGACCACCAGGAGAAGUGCCUGUCCCAGCUCUAUGACCACAUGCCAGAAGGAAUGACGCCCUUAGCCACCCUGAAAAAUGCUCACCAGCGCCGACAGCUUGGCAAGUCCCAUCUACGCAAAGCCAUUGCCCAUCACGAGGAGUCCGUGCGGGAGGUGAGCUUGUGCAAGAAGCUCCGCAACAUAGAACUGCUGCAGGAGGUGCUGGCGGUGGCACACCAGCGGUCCCAGCUCAAGUACACUCAGCAUCAGGAGGACGAUGACCUGCUGGACUUGAUCGAUGCUGCCGACAUUAUUGCGAAAACUGAGCAAGAGGUUGAAAUUAUACUGCCACAGUUCUCCAAGGUGACAGCAACAGACUUCUUCCAGAAACUGGGCCCUCUGUCUGUGUUUUCUGCUAACAAGAGAUGGACACCCCCUCGAAGCAUUCACUUCACUGCAGAAGAAGGGGACUUGGGGUUCACCUUGAGAGGAAACUCCCCGGUUCAAGUCCACUUCCUGGAUCCGUACUCCUCUGCCUCGCUGGCAGGAGCCAAGGAAGGGGAUUAUAUUGUUUCCAUUCAAACUGUGGAUUGUAAGUGGCUGACAGUGAGCGAGGUGAUGAAACUGCUGAGGAGCUUCGGUGAAGACGACAUUGAGAUGAAGGUUGUGAGCCUCCUGGACCCCACCUCAUCCAUGCAUAGUAAGUGUGCCACGUACUCUGUGGGAAUGCAGAAGACUUACUCCAUGAUCUGCCUGGCCAUAGGUGAUGACGAUGAUAAAACUGACAAAACCAAGAAAAUCUCAAAAAAGCUUUCUUUCUUGAGUUGGGGCACCAACAAGAACAGACAGAAGUCUGCCAGCACCUUGUGCCUGCCAUCGGUUGGGGUCGCCAGGCCGCAAGUCAAGAAGAAGCUCCCCUCCCCUUUCAGCCUUCUCAACAACGACAGUUCCUUGUACUAGUGCAAGGAAACAAAAACACUCAGGCCCGAAACAUUUCCAGUCCCGAUGAGGCCUUCACGUUUGUGCCAUGAUGGAAAAGUUCUAACCACUCUCAAAUGCUGUUUUCUCACACUAUAAACUUAUAGCGGGUAUCUUCAUGAAUGAAAGUAAUAAGAAACCUCUAGAAAUUUGUGGAUGUCAGCAUAUUGCUGCAAGUUAUUUAUUAUAUAAAGUAUUGUAAAUAGAAUAGGGAUGGAAACGUGGCUAUUGUUGACAGAUACAAUUAUGACUUUCAGUUACUCUCAGAAUUCAGUUGGGGUUACCUACAUUUGUCCUAUUUGUAAGUUUCCAGGCCUCGGUAAUGUAAUAAAUAGAUUAUUCCUUAACCCAGAAUCCAGGUGAGCCCGAAUUAAGGCAGGUCAAGGGACUAUAGUGAUGGAGUUCACUUAGUAUUACUAAAAAGUUCCAAAGAGCUGCUUUCUGAGGGGAAUUCAUUAACCCAAAAUGAAUUUCUAAGAUUUUACUGUUAUUGUUACAUCGUAUGAAUGUUAUUUCCAGAUAGAAUAGAGUCACGUGUAUCAUGACUUAUUAGCUAAAGCAAUUUCAGAGUAGCUUUUCUUCUAGUUACAUGUCAUUUAAAAGUUGCUAACAGUGGCAAGUGUUAAAUGAAGAUGUAUCUACAAGGUAGAUAAUAUACUGUUUGAUACUCAAAACAUUUUUCAUUUUGUUUAAAGUAGAAAGUACAUAAUUGUAUAUUUUAAGAAUCUUUAAAGUGAGUUGAAUUUUAUAAGGUAACGAUGUAAAUAAUUCAAGUUUAAAGCUCUGACUUUUUAAAAUGACAUUCUUACUAAUUGACUUCUCGUGCUCAUUUGGAUGAUACUGUGACUCAAAUAAGAUUCACUGUUGACAUAGUACAAGUUAUAUAGCUUAAAAAUAUAGCGUUGAGAUCUACCUUUGAGAGUUAACAAGAAUCUAAAAUAUUCUCUAGUGUGCAAUACCAAAAGGAAAAAAAUGCCACUGGGAAAGUGUAUCUGCUGCUCUUAGGGCCAUUUUUGUAUAAAUAUUUAAAUAAACACAUCCA